AUGUUGUCCAGAGCUUUCACUCGCGCGGUCCGUCCCCCGCUCCAUCGACGAACCACACGACCGGUGCCGGCCGUGCAAACGUACCACAUUGGCCUCCACCCGACCAGUGCUCGAUCGCAUGACGCGCUCGUCAAGCAGCAGCAGCAGCUGCGCACCGAAGGCGUUCUCCCCUACAGCCUCCACACGCCCGUGUUCCAAGUCUUUGGGAGCAAUACGGACAUUGGUAAGACGGUCGUGUCCGCCGGUAUCUGCCGCAGUGCAACCACAGCAGCGGCUGCAAACGGCUCGCGCAGUGGCGGACCGGUCGCGUACAUUAAACCGCUGCAAACGGGCGUCGACACGACCGGUUCCGUGGCUGUUGUGGGCGAAGGGGACGCGUCGUUUGUCGAGCGGUACGCGCGCGACGACUACAGUUCGACAACGAAGAGACGACAGUGUCCCGUGCACUGCUCGACGCUGUUCUCGUGGCGAACGCCCGUGUCGCCGCAUCUCGCCGCGCACUUGGAGGGCCACUCGAUCUCGGACGAAGAGCUGCUGGAACUGCUGGCGAACAAACUCCAAGUGCUGCAACCACAGCUCACCGAGGAAGAAGAAGAAGAAGAGGACAAUAACAAGGCGGGUGAAGGUCUCGUGCUGGUCGAGACAGCUGGUGGCGUGUGCAGUCCCACGGCAUCGAUGCGGCCACAAGCGGAUGUGUACCGUGCGCUGCGUCUUCCAGUUGUGCUGGUCGGCGACGGCAAACUCGGCGGCAUUUCGACCAGUAUGUCCGCGCUGGAAUCGCUGCUGAUUCGUGGCUACGACGUUGCUGCUAUCUGCCUGAUCGAACAGGAUAAGCUGGACAAUGCAGCAGCCCUCGAGCCACGGACGACAGAGCUGGGUAUCCCGAUCUUUACUAUGGACGCUGUGCCGCCCAUGCCAGAGCCACUGGAUAAGUGGUACGUGGCACACGACGCUGUCUUUGCAGACGUAACCAGAAGCCUCAAGUCGUUCCACACUGCUCGUCUCGAGCGCUUCAAGGAGAUGGAACAACGGGCAGAGAAGGUGUUUUGGUGGCCCUUCACCCAACACAAGAAAGCUGGGACGGUGUCGAUCAUUGACUCGGCGCAUGGCGACGAAUUUAGUGUCUACCGCCCGGACAGCAACACGGUGACACCGCUCUUUGAUGCAUGUGCGAGCUGGUGGACACAGGGUGUUGGCCACGGCAAUUCAAAGAUGGCCACAGCUCUGGCGUACGCGGCAGGUCGAUACGGUCACGUGAUGUUUCCAGAGAACGCUCACGAACCUGCUUUCCAACUUAGUGAAAAGCUGCUUGCAUCGGUUGGCAAAGGCUGGGCCUCGCGAGUGUACUACUCGGACGACGGAUCGACUGCUGUGGAGGUCGCUCUGAAGAUGGCAUUUCGCAAAUACGUGCUCGACCACAAGCUGGAUUACAGUCAGUUUGCAUCGGAUCAAGCGACGCGAUCCAAGAUAAUCACGCUCGCGCAGGCCAAUUGCUACCACGGCGACACACUGGGUGUAAUGAACGUCGCGGAGAAGAGCGUCUUUAACGAGAUGCAGCAUCCGUGGUACCGACCCGAAGGUGUCUUUUUGAAAGUUCCGAAAGUGGCGCUGCGAAAUGGCGCGUACGAGAUUUCGAUUGACCCGGAAAUUGCCGGCGAACACAAGACGGAGGAACCGCUGCCUUCAUUCGAUGCUGUCUUCGAUUCUUCGCGCGACCAAAGUCCGUUGGCCGACGUCUAUCGCAAGCACGUAGCUCACGCGAUCGACAGCACUGAAGAGACUGGCGUACAUGUGGGAUCUGCGCUCAUUGAGCCUAUCCUUAUGGGCUCAGGUGGUAUGUUCCUGGUGGAUCCGCUCUACCAGCGUGUGCUCGUGCAAGAAUGUCGUGCUCGCAAGAUCCCCGUGAUCUACGACGAGGUGUUCUCAGGCUGGUGGCGACUAGGAGUGGAGUCAGCGCGCGAUCUGCUUGGCAUUGAUCCGGACAUCGCAUGCUAUGCGAAGCUGUUGACUGGCGGUGUGGUCCCGAUGGCUGCCACGCUUGCAUCGGAGGACGUCUUCAACACGUUCUACGCAGACUCGAAAGGUGAGGCGUUGCUGCACGGCCACUCGUUCACGGCGUACCCUGUCGGUUGCGCUGCGGCCGUGACCGCGUUGGACAUGUACCAGAUCCUUAGCAAUGCAAGGAUUCCUACCAAAGACGCCGCUGUACGAACGUACUGGAACAUCGACGUUCUCGCUGAGCUUUCCACUCGGCCGUACAUCGAGCGCACGUUUGCUAUCGGGACGGUAGCAUGCGUGGAACUGGCAGUAAAGGACGCUGGCUACGCGUCGACUGAAGCUGCCGAACUCAUCCAAGUCUUGCGCCGGAACGGCGUGUACGCUCGUUCCCUGGGCAACGUGCUGUACAUGAUGUGCUCGCCCCUGACAACGCAAGAAGACUGCACCAAGUACUUGACACGAUUCACGCAGCAGAUGGAGCGCUUGCAAGACAAGAAGUAA